AUGGCUAAAGUAUCUUUCCGUUCUGCUGAAGGUGAUGCAUAUGGAUAUGAAGAUGAAUCUUCAUCGGGAGAUGAAAGUGACAAUGAAAUGUUACUCAAAUUUCAACAGUCUCUUGGCUCUACUUCUAAAACAUUAAACAGACAGCCUAGUAUAAGAAGUAUUAGAAGUAGCAGUCGUUUGAAAUCACCGAGUGCUAUGGAGAGUGCUGAUGAAGAGAAAGAUGCAGAGCCAGAUAUUGUUGAUGUCAGUCACGGAGAAGAAUCAGAUGAUGGAAGUCCUGAGCAUCAUGGAGCUGACUAUGCUGGACAUGGUAUAAGUCAUUUUGAAAAUGAAGGUUAUGAUAGUACUCAAGUGAGUCAGGCACCAUCAUUAAUAGGUGGAGAUGAAGAUUUAGGGAGUAUACCUGCAUUGGCUUAUGGUGAAUCAGCUUCUUUGGCUCAUGGAUCUCCAGAAAGAUUUGCAGCCCAGACAUUUCAAACAGGUGACCCUGAGUUGAUAUCUAAAUGUGGUGAAUUGGAAACGACGUUUUCCUACAAUGGCCAGACCAAGAAAAUGACAUUAACAAUACAUCGAGCAAGAGAAUUACCAUCAAAGGAACGAGGAGGAGCUCACCAUGUUCAAGUUAGAAUGGUUCUACUACCAGCUAAGAAACAACGUUGUAAAACCAAGAUAAAGCAGGGAGAGAAUCCAGAAUGGAAAGAAUCAUUCAGAUUCUCCAGAUUACCACCACAUGAAUUAGCAAAUACUGGACUUAGGUUUCGGUUAUAUGGAACUGAACGAAUGAGGAAGGAAAGGCUGAUUGGAGAAUGUGUGGUGAAAUUCUCAGCACUUAAUACCAAUGCAUUGCAGACAUUGUGGUUACAACUAGAACCAAGAAGCAAUAUAUCAGGUGUUGGCUCAGCACAUUCAAGCAUGAGCGAUUUAACUCGAAGUGACAGUGGGUCAUCUACACAUUCAUUACAACAUGGUGGUAUUCCAGAGUUAUUAGUGGGUUUAUCAUACAACUCAACAACUGGAAGAUUGGCUGUAGAAGUUAUUAAAGGCAGUCACUUCAGAAAUAUGGCUAUGACAAGGCCACCAGAUACCUAUGUGAAGAUCGGGCUGAUGGCUUCAUCAGGAUUUGAAAUGACUCGAAGCAAGACAUCAGUACGACGAGGUCAACCAAAUCCAACAUUCAAAGAAACUUUCAUCUUUCAAGUUGCACAGUUUCAACUUCCUGAUGUCACAGUCAUGUGUUCUGUUUACAACAAGCGCAGUAUGAAGAAGAAGGAGAUGAUAGGAUGGUUUUCAAUGGGCUUAAACAACAGUAGUGAAGAAGAGCUAUCACACUGGAAUGAAAUGAGAGAAUCUAAAGGACACCAAGUCUGUAGAUGGCAUGUACUACUGGAAUCUUAA